GUUACCCUUUCUGUCGGUGGUCCACAUUUUACACUCUUUGGUUUAGUCGACAUAAUCGAAAAUGGCGGAAUACCUGGCGUCCAUUUUCGGUACAGAGAAAGAUAAGGUGAACUGUUCUUUCUACUUUAAAAUUGGUGCCUGCCGCCAUGGUGACCGAUGCUCCAGGUUACAUAAUAAACCAACUUUCAGCCAGACCAUCGUGACCCAAAACAUCUACCGUAACCCCCAAAACAGUGCGCAGACGGCAGACGGCUCCCACUGUGCCGUCAGUGAUGUGGAGAUGCAGGAGCACUAUGACGAGUUCUUUGAGGAGGUCUUCACAGAGAUGGAGGAGAAGUAUGGAGAGGUGGAGGAAAUGAACGUGUGCGAUAACCUGGGAGACCAUCUGGUCGGAAACGUAUAUGUGAAGUUCCGUCGUGAAGAAGACGCUGAGAAGGCAGUGAUGGAUCUGAAUAACCGCUGGUUCAACGGUCAGCCCAUCCACGCCGAGCUCUCUCCCGUUACAGACUUCAGAGAAGCCUGCUGCCGCCAGUACGAGAUGGGGGAGUGCACUCGAGGAGGCUUCUGUAACUUCAUGCACCUGAAGCCCAUCUCUAGGGAGCUGAGGAGGGAGCUGUACGGACGCCGCAGGAAGAGGGGAGGGGGGCAUCAUUCUCGCUCCCGUUCCAGGGAACGUCGUUCGCGCUCGAGGGACAGAGGAAGGGGAGGAGGUGGAGGUGGAGGUGGACGCGACCGCGAGAGAAGGCGCUCCAGAGACAGAGAACGCUCGGGAAGAUUCUAAACUGAGCAUCUACCAAACAGCCACCCCUCCCAUCUCCAUUAUCACUCUCCAUCCAUCCCCAAAUCCCUCUAUCCUUGCCUCCAUUGCGGCUUAUCAAUUCACCCUUGGCCCUUUCAUGUAAUUGUGUCCCAAUGACAAAUUAAUUGGAAUAUGUUGGACUUGUUUUUUUUUUUUCUUAUUUUUAUUCAAGAAAUGGAACACUUUCCUUUUCAAUAAAAAAACUAUAUGAUUUCUACA